AUGAAGAGGAACAGAAGUUUUUCCUCGCUCUUUUUCCUGUCCUUGUUGGUGAUUGUCUUUGUCACCCUCUCUACAGUUUCUGUGGAAGCAAGGAAGACCAACACCAGCAGAAAAUUUCACAAACGUCACAAUCAUAAAGAUAGUAGCAAUGGCAACGGUCGAGGGUCACAUUCUCCAUAUCCAGCACCAACCCCUCCCCAUUAUUAUGGUCCUCAAGGGAGCCUGUUUGACGUUUUGUCUUUUGGUGCCAAGGGUAAUGGAGUUUCUGAUGAUUCAGAGGCACUUGUAGCUGCAUGGAAAGGUGCAUGUAAAGUUGCUGGUGCUACAGUUAAAAUUCCAGCACAACUCAAGUUCCUCAUCAAACCUCUUACUUUACUAGGCCCUUGUAUGCCUGACCUUAGUCUUCAGAUAGAUGGAACUCUAUUGGCACCUCCUGAAGCAUCUUCCUGGCCAACAUCCAGUUUGUUUCAGUGGAUAAAUUUCAAGUGGGUGCAGAACUUCACCAUCAAAGGUUCUGGCACUGUUGAUGGCCAAGGCUACAACUGGUGGAGCUCCUCAGAAUUUUAUGACAUACAGAAGAAGAGCUACCCCAAAACAAUUCCAAGCAUGAAACCAACAGCUAUAAGAUUUUACUCCAGCAAUAUUGUCACAGUUCGUGAUAUCAGAAUCAUAAACAGUCCUCUGUGCCAUCUAAAAUUUGACAACUCAAAGGGGAUUGAAAUUGACAACAUUACAAUAUCCUCCCCAGAGAAUAGCCCAAACACUGAUGGCAUUCACUUACAAAACACACAGGACGUGGAAAUUCAACGUUCUAUCAUUGCAACAGGAGAUGACUGUGUAUCCAUCCAAACCGGUUGCUCUAAUAUUCAUGUCCACCACAUUAAUUGUGGCCCUGGACAUGGUAUAAGUUUGGGAGGAUUAGGGAAAGACAAAAGUGCAGCAUGUGUGUCUGACAUCAUUGUUGAGGAUAUCUCUAUGAAAAACACCCUAUAUGGAGCAAGGAUCAAAACAUGGCAGGGGGGCAUUGGUAUGGUUAAAAAUGUGUCAUUUUCCAGAAUUCAAGUCUACGAUGUCAUGUUUCCAAUAAUGAUAGACCAAUACUAUUGUGACAAGCAAAUAUGCAAUAACCACACAAGCAGUGUGGUGAUUUCUGGGGUCAAGUUUGAUCAAAUAAGUGGAACUUUUGGGAUGCAGCCUGUCCAUCUAGCUUGUAGCAAUUUCAUACCAUGCACAGAUGUUGAUUUAACUGACAUUCAACUGAGUCCCUCCCCUAAAUAUAAAGGUUUGCAACAAGCUGUAUGCUGGAACUCUUAUGGAAAGUCACAAGGCCCCUUGCUACCUUCAAGCAUUGAUGAUUGCUUGAGAAGUGGUGGUGGACUAAUCAAGAGGAUAGCAAGGUCACAUGAUAGAGUGUGUUACUAA